CAACUUCCCGUUAGCCCGCGCGCUCUCAGCCAUCCGAUGGAGGAUGAGGUAGCCAUGUUGUAGCUGUGACGAGAGCUUGUUGGUGGAAAGAAAGCAGAAACAAUCUCCUUCUUCUGUCUGCUCGCGACACAAGGCUCCCUCGGGUUCCCUGCGCGCGGACCGCCGGUUGGCAGCGGACACCAUGAGCGGCGGGACGCCGUACCUCGGCAGCAAGAUCAGCCUGAUCUCGAAGGCCGAGAUCCGCUAUGAAGGGAUCCUGUACACCAUCGAUACCGAGAACUCUACUGUCGCACUGGCAAAAGUGCGUUCCUUCGGCACAGAGGACCGGCCCACCGACCGGCCCAUUCCCCCCCGAGAUGACACGUUUGAGUACAUCAUCUUCAGAGGCAGCGACAUCAAGGACCUGACUGUGUGUGAGCCGCCCAAACCUACAUGCUCACUGCCUCAGGACCCGGCUAUCGUCCAGUCGUCGAUGAGCUCCAGCUCUUCUUCUGCUGCGGCGGCUCCGACUCCGUUCCAGUCCGCCGGGUCCUACGGCCUCUUCAACCGGGCUCCGGCGCCGGCCUACAACCAGUUCAGCGCCAGCCCGCUGGUUUCCCCCCAGUUUGGACCCGUUGGUGUCGGUCGCAGCAGCCCCGGCCUGGACCCUCUGAGGAAGAGCCCCGCCCUGGAGCAGGUGAUCCAAACUGCCCCGUCUGCCCCGGCAGCCGCCACCACGGCCCCGGCCCCCGGGCUGGGGCGCAGGAGCCCCCCCCACGGACGCACGGCCCCCCCCUCCUCCGCCGCGCACAGCGUCCAGAAGGCCCAGCAGCACCUGGACGCCGUGGACACACGGAGGGGGGAGCCCCUCAGGGGGGGGCGCGGCAGCCAUGGCUGGUCUGCCCCCCGAACCAUCUCCGCCUCACGCAUCAUCGCUGGGGAGAGACCCUCCCCCGCAGGGCUGCCCCACUCGGUCUUUAGCCAAUCAGCGGCUGCCGGAGCGCAGGCGACCCGGCGCGGGCGUGGCGGCGGACACCGCGGCCGAGGACGCUUCAACGUGCGCCGGGACGGCCCCAUGAAGUUUGAGAAGGACUUUGACUUUGAGAGCGCCAACGCCCAGUUCAACAAGGAGGAGAUCGACCGCGAGUUCCAGAGCAAGCUCAAGCUGAAAGACGAGAAGACGGAGAAGGCUGAGAAGGCGGUGAACGGCGAGGAGAAGGUGGACGCCGGCGUAGAAGCCCAGAUCAGCGAAGGGACCGGCGAGGAGGAGGGGGACCCCCUGGGACCCAACUGCUACUACGACAAGUCCAAGUCCUUCUUCGACAACAUCUCCUGCGACGACACCAGGAAAGCGAAUGAGAAGUCUGGAGUCUCUGGUUUCCCGAGGGAGCGGAGGCAGACCUGGGCAGAGGAGGCUGGGAUAGACGAGCGUUUGGCCUCCUCUCGUGCGUGGGCGGCGGUGGGAACCCGUGGGCGGGAGUUGGGUUACCGUGGCAGCAGCGACCGGUUACCGACCCGGCCGGGGUCGUCGGUCCGCCCGGGGGCUUCAGGGGCGGUUACCGGGGAAACCAGGCGGACGGGAGUUCGCUGACCUAUCGGCAUACAGGAAGGAUAACAAAGUGUCUGCGUAGUCUCGACACCGAGGUGGAACUUCUUCACGCUUCAGAACGGGGGACAGACAGUUUGGUUGCUAUUUCGUUGACUCAAAAUAAUGAAGAUUGUCUACUAGUUGUAUAUUUGUCACCAGCACUG